AGGCCCUACUGGUUGGUUAUGUUAUGUCCUGAACGCAUCGACUAGGCAUACAGCGCCAAGCCACCUGUCAUCCAAUGAGAGCUUCAGCAAAUGGUUUCGAUGGCGUUUUAAUGGUGUCCAUUGUCAGCGCGUUGUUCCUUUGUCAUUGUUGUAAUAUCAAUGGUGCUGUGAGGUCACGGGCGACGGCGCACGGACAGUCCCCUCGACCCCCUCUUGUUGGCAGCGCACGUGCUCUUGAGCUCCGCGUGCAUGAAGUCUUUCAAAUCCAACAGACCGACAGACGGCCGAGCCGGUCGCAGGAUAAAACCCCUACCAAGACCGGGAUGAUUCACGACAGUAACAUCUACGGCUAAAUUCCCCGCACUUUCUCGGGAGCGGCAGCAUCUCUCCGCCCCUCGGUUCCACAGCACUCCGCUCUUUUCUUUUUUCCCUCACUGCGGAGUGUGCGCUUGUGUGCGGGUGUUGACAGUGAGGACACAUCAUCAUCAUCGUUGUCUUCUCGUUUUAGCCGUUCGUUAUGGUUUCUGUAGGAUCAUCGUCAUCAUCACCACAACUCAUUACUGACACGUAAAACGACUUCCAAACAGCGUGUGUGUGUCCUACGGAAGAGAGGCACCGCGCCAUCCACCGCUGCGGUUCGGGUUUCUCCCUCACAAACCGUUUCCACCUGCCCGACACAUCUUGCAUGACAAUCUCAAAGAUGUCAUGGCGUCCUCAGUACCGCAGCUCUAAGUUCCGUCACGUCUUCGGGAAGGCGGCAUCCAAAGAGAGCUGCUACGAUGGCGUUCCCAUCACUCGCAGCGUCCAGGACAACCACUUCUGCAGUGUCAACCCUCGCUUCCUGGCCGUCAUCACAGAGUGUGCUGGAGGAGGCUCCUUCCUGGUGCUGUCCAUCCACCACACAGGGAAGGUCGACCCUCAGCACCCCAGGGUGUCGGGCCACAGGGGAAACGUCCUGGACAUCAAGUGGAACCCUUUUAACGACUACUGCAUAGCUUCCUGCUCCGAGGAUGCUACGGUGAAGAUCUGGGACAUCCCGUGUCAGGGUCUGCUGAGGAACCUGACGGUGGCCAGGAAGGAGCUGCUGGGUCACUCUCGCAGGGUGGGACUGUUGGAGUGGCACCCCACUGCCAGCAACAUCCUGUUCAGCACCGCCUACGACUACCAGGUGAUGGUGUGGAACCUGGAUGGGCCUGAGCAGGUGCUGAAGAACCCCGUGAGGACCAUCAGUCUCCACACAGACGUGGUGUUGUCUCUGGCCUUCAGCCCUGACGGCAGCCGCAUGGCCUCCUGCUGCAAGGACAAGAAGAUCCGGAUCAUAGACCCACGCACUGGGACUCUGCUGAAGGAGGCCAACUGUAAGACUCACCGGGCCAGUAAGGUUCUGUUCCUGGGGAACCUGAAGAUGUUGUUGACCUCCGGUGGGUCCCGGUGGAACCACAGGCAGAUCGCCCUCUGGGACCAGGAGGACCUGUCUGUUCCCUUACUGCAGCACGACCUGGACGGAUCAUCAGGAGUGCUGUUCCCCUUUUACGACCCCGACACACACAUGUUGUACAUCGCGGGCAAGGGUGAUGGUAAUAUCAGGUACUAUGAGAUCAGCUCAGAGAAACCCUACAUGCAGUUCCUCACAGAGUAUCGAUCCCUGCUUCCUCAGAAGGGGAUGGGCGUGAUGCCUAAGAGAGGGCUGGACGUGAACUCCUGUGAGGUGUUCAGGUUCUACAAGCUCGUCACCAUCAAGAGUCUGAUCGAACCUCUGUCCAUGAUCGUACCUCGCAGGUCGGAGUCCUACCAGGAGGAUAUUUACCCCAUGACAGCUGGGAACCAGCCAGCCCUGACUGCAGACGACUGGCUCAGUGGCAUCGACAAAGGCCCCGUCCUGAUGUCCCUGAAGCCUGGGACUCGAGUAGCCGACAGCCCCCAGGACUGGAGCUCUGGGAAGGGUCUGGGCAGCGGCCUGGACAGCCGCAGGUCCCAGAACAGGCCGGGCCUGCUACAGCUCAGCUACAUCCAAGACCAGCUGGGCACCCCGGAGGGGAGGGAGGUGAAGGAGGAGGACCGGAGUCAGACAUCGUCGCUCAGCAAUGGACAAGACCCCACACUCUGCUACUCUCCCCCGAAGACAGAGAAUGAGCUGCGUGUGCGGUUCCACAAGCAACAGGAUGAGAUCCGUCGUCUAAGGGAGCAGCUGAACCAAAGAGACGUCCGCAUCAGACAGCUGGAGCUGGAGAUCAACAACGUCAGGAAUACCCAGGGAGCCCCCCUACUGCCCCCCCACGGAGACCUCUGAGCCCCCCUCCUGCCCCCCUCUCCUCCACCUGGGCUCUGCUCUGACCCAGGUCCCCCUGGUUUCCCAGCCUGAUUCUUUUCUGUCUCUUGGAACACUUCAUUUUCCCUCACUUUUUUGGUUGAGGGGUUUGACUGCAGUAGACACAUCUCUGGUCUGGGACUGUGUGUGUGUGUCCUGUCUGGACUGAGGUGUGUGUGUGUGUCCUGUCUGGACUGAGGUGUGUGUGUGUCCUGUCUGGACUGAGGUGUGUGUGUCCUUGUUUGCUACGAUCUCACCCAGACCAAAAAUGAACACUGUUUAUGUCCUGUACAUGCAAUACACACCCGUAGCUCACACUAACCCAUACACUAGUUAUAACACCCAUACACUAGUUAUAACACCCAUACACUAGUUAUAACACCCAUACACUAGCUAUAACACCCAUACACUAGUUAUAACACCCAUACACUAGCUAUAACACCCAUACACUAGUUAUAACACCCAUACACUAGUUAUAACACCCAUAGACUAGUUAUAACACCCAUACACUAGCUAUAACACCCAUACACUAGCUAUAACACCCAUACACUAGUUAUAACAUCCAUAUACUAGUUAUAACACCCAUACACUAGCUAUAACACCCAUACACUAGCUAUAACACCCAUAGACUAGUUAUAACACCCAUACACUAGUUAUAACACCCAUACACUAGUUAUAACACCCAUACACUAGCUAUAUAUUGAUCAUCAUUUUGUCAUUGUCCAAUGAAACGGCACUAGUCAACAUGACCCUCACACACCCCAAAAUGUGUUCUUCGUUCUGCUCCAGAGCUAUGCAAGUUAGUUUUUGUUUUUUUAUGCAAGAAAAAAAGAAAAUGCUUUAAUGUGCCUACCUUAAAAUGAACAAUGUGUGUUUCUGUAAUUCUGAUCGUUGGAUUGGAUGACAACAGACCUCACUUAUGAUUGUAAGAUACACUGGAUUUAUUUUUUACCUUUUAAUGAUUUUCUUAUUUUUUUGCCAUUUUUAAAUCCUAUACUGUGUGUGGAUGCUGGUAUUUUGUGUCGCAUGAGAGAAGUGUGUCGAAGGAGGAGCGGUAGAGAGACCACCAUGUUUAGGUGGAGAGAGAGGAUUGAGAGACACUUUUUUUCUAUUGCUAUGAAUAUCAUUAUGACAGUUAAACUAGUGAGACGUCAAUCAGCCGAGAGAACAAUCGUUGCCUGGGAACAGCCGGCUGCUGUCGACACCUGCAGCCAUGGUGGUGCUUCUAUUAAUGUUUUAAUUCAGUUGUAUUUUUUCAGUUUUUAACGUGCAAAUGAAACAAUAUCAGCCAUAUGAAUGAAAGUGUGAUGAAGUCGCAGCAAAGGCAAAGAACGAGUAAGGGGGGGGAUUCCCCAGAAUGCAUUGCACACAGGUGACGUGAUUGGCUCAAAGGGGAUGUACCACACAGCCAACCAGGAAGUUCAUAGUUCUGUUUCAGAUAUAUCCCUUAAUAACCUACUUCACCUGUUGAACUCGCAAGGCAAGAUCCCUCUUCUUAAAGGUGACGCUGUAAUCACAACACUGUACCCAAACAUACCAAGGAGCUAGGAACAUAGGAGGUGGUAUUGUUUUCACAAGGGUGACUUCUGGCCCACUUAAGACGUACAGAUUAAAUAGACCUACCAAA